GACGGCUCUCUGCUGUUAACAUCGGCCUCCUGGAGUUAUCCAUUAUCUGCGCUGUGGGGAAUGAAGUCUGUGUUCAUCAUGAAGCAUUCGUUCCUGGAUGAUCAUUAUGUGGAGUUCAGCAAACUCUCUCAGGACAGAGUCAUAGGAACUAAAGAGCACAUCGCACAUAUUUAUGACAUUCAGACUGGACAGAAGGUGCUGACGCUGAAAAACCCAGAUCUGGCCAAUAACUACAAGCGCAACUGUGCCACCUUCAACCCGACAGAAGACCUGGUGCUGAACGACGGCGUCAUGUGGGACGUGCGCAGCUCGCAGGCCAUUCACAAGUUCGACAAGUACAACAUGAACAUCAGCGGCGUUUUCCAUCCCAACAGCCUCGAGGUCAUCAUCAACACGGAGAUCUGGGAUCUGAGGACGUUUCAUCUUCUUCACACGGUGCCGGCUCUAGAUCAGUGCAGGAUCGUCUUCAACAACAACGGAACCGUCAUUUAUGGAGCGAUGCUGCAGGCUGAUGAUGAGGAUGAUAUGAUGGAGCAGCAGAUGAAGAGUCCGUUCGGAUCCUCCUUCAGGACUUUUGAUGCCACCGACUACAAACCCAUCGCCACCAUUGACGUGAAGAGGAACAUUUUUGACCUCUGCACAGACACCAAAGACUGCUAUCUGGCUGUCAUCGAGAACCAGGACUCGAUAAAUAUGGACACUGUGUGUCGUCUGUAUGAAGUGGGUCGACAGAGACUCGCAGAGGAGGAAGAGGACGAGGAAGAUCAGGAGGAAGAUGAUCAGGAUGAAGAGGAUGAUGAUGACUCUGAUGAUGACAUUGACGAUAUCGACACCGACCCCCUGCUGGCCGAACUGGAGAACGACAACAACGGGGAAGAGGAGGAGGACGGAGAGCAGGAUUUCUCUCCGUCUGAUGAUGAGGAAGUGGCUCGCCUGCUGGAUGAAGAGGCGGAUGAUGAUGAUGAUGACGAUGAUGAUGACGACGACGAUGAUGAUGAUGAAGAUGAUGAUGACGAUGAUGAUUCUGAUGAUAAUGAGCAAGAUGCGGAGCUGGUGCUGGACAACACGGACAGCUCUGAUAACUCUGACCUGGAGGACGACAUCAUUCUCUCUCUGAACGAGUGAUGACGGAGGAGUGACAGAUGAGUGUGUGUGUGUGUGUGUGCGCGCUCUUUAUGCACACGAACACACAGCAGCUCAUAUAAAGCAGAUGACUCUGCUAGUCUGCUCUCCGGCGGUGUCUGAUCACUGUUGAGGAGAAGUGAUGGAUAUGAAGAGAGUCCAACCUUCAACACUGAGCAGGAGUGUGUCAGUCUGUCAUUCACGUUCGUCUGUGUGUCUGUGUGUCUGUGUGUCUGUGUGUGUGUCUGUGUGUGUGUGUGUGUGUGUGUGUGUGUGUGUGUGUGUGUGUGUGUGUGUGUGUGGGCACCUGGGGUUGCACGCACAUGUGUCUAUACAUAUGUGUGGUCAUAUAGGUGCGUGUGGGUUUGCUUGUGUGAGCGUGCAUGUGUGGUCAUAUGGGCACGUGCAUGUGUGUGUGCUUGCACAUGUGUACAUGCAUAUGGGUGAAUGCAUUUGUGUGUGCGUGUCCAUCCAUGCACAUGUACAUACAUGUGUGUGCGUGUCCAUGUGCAUGUGUCUGUAUGUAUGCGGUUGUGUGUGCAUCAUUGUGUUUGUGUGUGUGUGUGUGCGUGAGUGCCAGUGACCCCUGACCUGCCCAGCCAGCGCUCGUCAGGUGAUCUCUGUAGUUUGAUUAUCGGCAGCAUCUGAAGGCUAGUUGUUUAGACGUGUAGUUCUCCAUUUUGCUUUUUGAAUGCUAGUUUUGUUAGCAAUCGCCUUGGUUUGAUUUGACGAGAACGCGCUUUUCAGCGCUUGUGUGACUGAUUGGAUUAGCUGACGUUCACCGAGCAAUAAUUUGUGUUGAUUCUGGAUCGCUGUAAAGGAGUGUGAGGCCUGUGCUGGACCUGCAGCGGCGUCCGACUCUCUCCUGGAGGAAGUCAAGCGCCUGCGUUUGUCUUAAACUGCGUUUGACAUGAAGUUGGACAUUUUUAAACAUCAGUGUACAGCUUCCCUUUACUUUCAUGGUUUUGUUCAUGCCUUUCCAAAAGGAAAGCUCUGAGGCCACAUUGUGUACAGAAUGUAUGAAAAAUAUUUUUACUAUACAUGUUAUUACAAUAAAAGAGAGUCAAUUGUUUUCUUUUA